AUGAAGCAAGGUGCUACCGAGCGUUUAGCGCAUUUUGUCCUACGUUUGCGACAGCAGUUAGUGGACUGUGGUUUGGAGAAAUACUCCAGUGAGGUGAAACAGGUAAUGGAAGAAACCAUGUUAAUUGAUGUAAUCGUAGAAGGUUGUACAUCUUCGGAACUUCGCCGGAGAAUAUUAGAGCGUGAUCAGUCCCUCUCUGAGAUAGAGGUUUUAGGAGAAUUACUGCGAAUCCAAGAGAAAGAGCUGAAUAACGUAAACCAGCGAACGGAGAGCAACACGAUGGAAGUUCAUAAGGUUCAAGAGCAGGGCAGAGGUAAAAUGCUCCGCAAGCAGAGUCGUUUCCUCAAACGAUUUGGCUCUACUGAUUCGAACGAGGCUAGCAAAGCGAACAGCAGGAUGUGUUUUGCUUGUGGACGAUACGGACAUAUUUCCAAUACUCCUUCAUGCCCGGCAAAAGGGCAAAUUUGCCACAAGUGCCAGAGACCAAACCAUUUUGCAAAGUUUUGCCGGCAGCGUAAACAUUCUACUGUUGAGAUGUCUAGUAAAAUCCGAGCUGUGAGCGAUGUCACCGACACAAAUUCCGAAAAGGAGGAGCCGGCCGAUUGUUCAGGAAAAGACUACUACACUUUUUAUACUGGAAACACUACAAACAUAAUAACCUGUCAGAUAGAAGGCAUUGAUACGGAAAUCUUCAUCGAUUCAGGAUCGGAUGCAAAUCUUGUCACUGUUACAACAUGGAAUUAUCUCAAAGAGAAAAGAGUCGAUGUUCAACAAUGUGUAAAAGGAAGCACCAACAUAUUGAAGGCGUACGGGAGUGAUAUACCAUUGGAAAUUUUGGGUAUUUUCAAGGCUGUCGUCAAUGUUGGCAAUGAAGUGAAUCAGGUGAAGGAAAAGGAUAAUGGGAAUCUACCGUUUUCUAAAUUAGUUGAUAUGCUAGUGCACAUCAAAAUGCAUCCAGCGAUCACGCCCUGUUUUCAACCUUUGCGUCGUAUUCCCAUUCCUAUGGAAUCUGCUGUUAAUCAGAAGCUAGACGAGUUGCUGAAGAGGGACAUUAUCGAAGCGAAGAAAGGACCUGUUACGUGGGUAUCACCGCUGGUGGUGGCCAAGAAAACAAACGGUGAUAUACGUCUCUGUGUAGAUUUGCGACGCGUAAACCAAGCGGUGGUCAGAGGUCGACACCUGAUGCCAAUAAUUGAAGACAUAUUAAUGAGAAUUGGGAAGGGUAAAAUCUGGACUGUCUUGGAUAUUAAAGAUGCAUUCUUUCUGCUGGAGCUAGAUGUUGAAACGCGAGACGUAAUGACUUUCAUUACUCAUAGAGGGUUAUACUGCUUUAAGCGCCUGCCCUUUGGAUUGGUUUCAGCGCCCGAGAUUUUUCAGCGGGCAAGGGACGAAAUUCUCGCCGAUUGUGAGGGUUGUUACUGGUACCUUGAUGACGUGGUGAUCGAGGGAAGCACCGAUGAGGAACAUGAUGCUCGUUUGAACAAGCCGUUCGAUGAAACCGAGGAGCUAUUGGUACACGAGAUUGUAACAACUGCUGUUAACGCGAUUGCGCUGAAGUGGGAGGAUAUUAAAAGAGCCAGUCGAGACGACGAACAGAUCAAUGAUAUAUUUGAUGCCCUCGAAACUGGAUGUAGCGAUGAUUUACCGUUAGUUUUCAAAUCCACAUUUAAGGAAUUGUGUAGGGUAGACGAUGUUUUACUCAGAGGUGAUCGCAUCGUUAUACCGGAAAUACUACAAGGUCGAGUAGUUCAGUUGGCACAUGAAGGGGAUUAG